AUGGAGCAACCCAAGAGCUGGUCCCACACUCUGUUGGUGCUCAUCGCGAAAGUGAAGGGUGCAUCCCACUGGAGGGAGUUUCAACACAUUAGCCUUUGUAAUGUAAGGUCGAAGAUAGUGUAUAAAAUUUUGGCAAUUAGGAUCAAUAGACUCCUUCUGAACCUCAUUUCACCAUGGCAAAUAGGGUUUGUUCCAGGCCAUGGGAUAGUGGACAAUGUUCUUUUGGCACAGGAGUUGGUUUUAGACUUGGAUAGGAGGUUGGUUGAUCCAAACUUGAUCUUGAAACUGGAAUGGAGAAGGCAUACGAUCGGGUCGACUGGUCGUUCUUACUUUUUUAUGCUUAGGCAAUAUGGUUUUGAAGAGGCUAUAAUGGAUUUGCUCUUUCGAACGUUCUAUAAUUCUUGGUUCUCAGUUUUAAUUAAUGGGGAGCUAACGGGUUUCGUGAAGUCCUAUCAGGGGGUGCGGCAGAGGGACCCCCUUUCUCCCGCCCUUUUCCUAUUCGUGGCAGAAUUUCUACGAAGGGGAUUGCAAAGGAUAUUUGAUUCCAAGGACAGUCGAUACUUUGUAUCUACAGGACCGAAAGUGCCGUAUAUAGCCUUUGUGGAUGAUAUGAUUAUUUUCACUUGGGUUUCGGACACUCAACUGACCCUAGUAAGCACGGCCCUGGGAUAUCAGCGCCAAGGUUUUCCGUUUAGGUAUCUAGGGGUGCCACUGAUUCGUGGUAGGGUUACAUAUGCAGCAUUUGAUGGGUUGCUGGGCAAAGUGCUCCAACCGCCGAAGGCAGUGUUGCUGCACUUAGGCCAAGUGUGUAAUGCUUUCUUGUGGGACACCUCUACUAAAGCCAAAAGGGUCCAUUGGGCGGUUUGGGAUAAGGUUUGCCGUCUGGUAGAAGAGGGGGGACUAGGGUUUCGCUUGUUUGAGGACGUCGCUAAGGUUUUCUCAUGUAAGCUCUGGUGGAAGUUGAGGGGACAGGCAUCCAUUUGGGCUAUGUUCAUGCACGUUAAGUACAUCAGAGGUGGGCAUCCUCUUCUUGUUUCAACUGACCAUCCGUCCCCAGUUUGGUGCCAUUUGCUGGAGGUGAGGGAUCUUGCGGAGGGGAAUAUCCGAUGGUGUCUGGCUGAGGGUUUGGUUAACUUCUGGCUGGACAGGUGGUGUUCUGAUGUUCCGCUUGCUAGUUUGGUGCCAAGGCCUAAGUCUCACAGGUUGGUAGGGAAGUUCUUUCUCUCUGAUGGUUGGGAUGAACCGUGGCUUUGA